AUGGAAGAAAAGCCCUGCUCUUCAAGUGCUGCAACAGCGGACGGGUGAGAAACUGCACUUUAUUUUGUUUACAUUUAUACUAAUUUUAUGAAGUAGUUUGUCUUUGUUUUUCUUAGUAUUCACUCCACAUGGACUAUUCAUGCAGUAAGUGAAGUAAAAAAUAUUUAUUUUGGUUGUCCUGUCUGAACCAUAGCUCUGUCGACGUGAUGGCGGAGGCAAAGAAGUUGAUUGGCGCUGGGAACAGGCAUCUGGUGAUGGGUGAUGUAGUUUCUGCAGUCAACGUGUUCCAGGAGGCUUGUGGCAUGUUGUGAGUACUGAGACCCAAUGGCUAGGAUUAACUGUGGAUUUGAAGUGUUAUGAGGCUCAUUGGCUUGAUUGUGGAUUUGAUGUUGGCGUGGAAUUCUCUUGACCCGACCUCACUGCCUGACGACUCAUCCUAAGUGUAAUUCUGCUACUCUAUCAAUUGCUACAUAUAUUCAGUAUGAAUCUGCCAUCCUAGAAGUUUGUAUGUCAAAAUGAGGGGUGUUGCACAAAACAAAUUCAGCAAUGAUUGGAUCGUCUAACUAGAGUAUCAAAGUUGAUCACCUCAUGUAGGCUGGCUCUGGCCAAACCAUCUGUUGGUAUUCUAAAAGUUGUUGGAGAGGGAGGCAAAUCCAGACUCAUGGUGGAGCUGUUAGUAGGUGUGGUGUUUGGCUUGCGCGAUGUGACUGGGUAGCCAAUGAGCUGACCUCAGCCAGUACACGCCAUAUUCACCUCUUCUCCCUCAGGGCUGAGCGGUAUGGGGACACUGCAGAUGAGUGUGGAGAGGCCUUCUUCCUGUGUGGGAAGUCUCUGCUGGAGCUUGCCAGGUAAGUGGAAGUAUGCUACUGCAUGUGCCUCUUCGACACGUGCUGUACCUGUGUUCAGUUUGUAGUUUAACAGCACCAUGCUCUGAGUUAUGGAUAUUCAAAUUAAAUGGCUGCUUGUGGUGUUGCAGGAUGGAGAACACUGUCUUGGGUGAUGCUCUGGAGGGAGUCCCUGAGGAGUCAUCUGAAGAGGGAGAGAAGCAGGAGAACUCAAAGUUUGAGAGCGCUGACAACUUGGAUGGUAAGCAGUAGUUGACCUCAACCUGACCAACAUUUGGUUAAUGGCUGCUUGUUACAGUUCUCUGGUACAAUUGACUUGUAUGGUGCAAAACUCGCGUUUAAAUUUUUUAGAAUUGCAUUAUUGGUAGGUUAAGUGUCAUUAUGAUGUAAAAUUAUAGGCCCCCUGUCACUGGGCAAGGUGGUGCCCUCUAAUGGCACUGACUCUUAUAUCUGAGAGGGAACGGGCCACAUUCAUCCCAGUCAGCUCUGUGCAGUGAGGUGGGAGGCUGGUUCACGCUCUGGGCACAGAUGGAGAUGUCUUUUUACAUCCACUCAUUAAUGGCAUAUUAGAGGAACAAUGUAACAAGGUUUCAUGUAUCUGGUCCAGAGAAAACGAGGGACGAGCUUCGAAUGCAGGUAUAUGAGGCAAUGGCAGAGAAGGAAACCACUAAUGGGAAAGAUGGCAAAACUGAGCCAAAGGAGGAAGGGAAGAAGGAAGAGGGGAAGAUGGAAACAACGGCAAAGGAGGAGGGCGCUGCCAAGUCUCCUGUCAAGAACGGGCAUGAGCAUUUGGAACCUCCUGUGACUGGGGUGGAGAAGACACCUGAAGGGAACGCAGAAGGUGGGAAGGAGAAUGAUGUGAAGACUUCUGAAGAGCAGAAUGGAAACGGCGAAGAGGCUGAGGAAAAGAUGGAGGGUGAAGGUAGACUUGGUGUAGGACACUGUUUGGGUGCACCAUGUGGAUUGGGACAAAGGGAUGUUGCACAAAUGAUGUUUAAUUUGCAGUAGGGCUGUAAAUGGAUUGUAAAUGAACUCCUCUCUUACAAAUUGAAGUUUUACACUGCACUGUUGAACUACCGCUGUCACAUUACUACUAAGGACAAGCUUUUCCUAAAUCUCUGGUUAUGUACAGUUUGUCUGGUUUUCCUGACGUGUAGGACUGCUGUAGCUUAGGCUUACUGUUCUCUUUGCCUCUACCCUUAGAUGACGAUGAUGAUGAUGAUGAAGGGGAAGGCACUGCUGAAGACAAGGUAAGAUAUCCCUUUGUCACGAUUCACUACAUUACCUAAACUCUGGACACCUGCUCGUCAAACAUCUCAUUCAAAUCAUGGGUGUUUUAAUAUGAAGUGGGCCCCCUAAUUUGCUGCUAUAACAGCCUCUACUCUUCUGGGAAGGCUUUCCACUAGCUGUUGGAACAUUGCUGCGUGGACUGGCUUCCAUUCAGCCACAAGCAUUAGUGAGGCGAUUAGGCCUGGCUUGCAGUCGCCGUUCCAAUUAAUCCCAAAGGUGUUCAAUGUGGUUGAGGUCAGGGCUCUGUGCAGGCCAGUCAGGUUCUUGCACACUGUCUUUGACACAUUUCUGUAUGGACCUCUUUGUGCGCAGGGGCUUUGUCAUGCUGAAACAGGAAAGCGUCUUCCCCCAAACUGUUGCCACAAAGUUGGAAGAACAGAAUAUUCUAGAAUGUCAGUGUAUGCUGUAGCGUAAAGAUUUCCCUUCACUGGAACUAAGGGGCCUAGCUCAAACCAUGAAAAACAGCCCCAGACUAUUAUUCCUCCUCCACCAAACUUUAGUUGGCACUAUGCAUUCAGGCAGGUAGUGUUCUCCUAGCAUCAGCCAAACCCAGAUGUGUCUGACUGCCAGAUGGUGACGUGUGAUUCAUCACUCCAGAGAACACGUUUCCACUGCUCCAUCCAAUGGCGACAAGCUUUACACCACUCCAUCCAACGCUUGGCAUUGCGCAUGGUGAUCUUAGGCUUGUGUGCAGCUGCUCGGCCAUGGAAACCCAUUUCAUGAAGCUCCCGACGAACAGUUGUGCAGUUUGGAACUCUGUGAGCGUUGCAACCGAGGACAGAUUAUGUCUACUCUUCAGCACUUGGCGGUCCAUUCUGAGUUUGUGGCCUACCACUUAGCAGCUGAGCCUUUCUUGCUCCUAGACAUGUCCUCUUAACAGCACUUACAGUUGACUGGGGCAGCUCUAGCAGGGCAUACAUUUGACAAACUGACUUGUUGGAAGGGUGGCAUCCUGUGGCUGAAAUGGCCGAAUCCACUAAUUUGAAGGAGUGUCCACAUACUUGUGUUUCUCAAACUUCUAACCUGACUCUUCCAUCUCUUGUAGGAGAGCGACGAGGAAGUGGGUAACCUGCAGCUGGCCUGGGAGAUGCUGGAGGUUGCCAAGGUCAUCUAUAAAAGGUCAACUCUACCUCCUAGUGCUCCCUGUAGAAGGCUACCAUCACACACUUCCUGGCGUAUAUGAUUUCAAUGGACUAACUUUCACCUGCUUCCCCUUCUCUCCUCAUCCAAACAGGAAGGAGAAUGAGGCGGACCAGUUGAUGGCAGCACAGGCCUAUCUGAAGCUGGGAGAAGUUGGUGCUGAAUCUGGUAUGAUUAUGUGCUGGUCCUUGCAAUGGAAUUUUUUUUUGCUCAAUUUAAAAUAUUUUGCUACAGCAUGCCCUACUAAACACAACCAUGUAGUUAUGUUAACUUCAUACUCCAUCCCAUUUCAGAUCAGCUUGCCCUUCCCUCAACCUGUGUUUCCUGACCCUGGUCCCAGAGUACCCCCAACAGUACACAUUUUUGUUGUAGCCCUGGACAAACUCCUCGUUGAGGGCUUGGUGAUUAGUUGAAUCAGGUGUGCUUGUCCAGGGUUACAAUAAAAAUAUGUACUGUUGGGGUUACUGGAGGAGCAGUGUUGGGGAAACCCUGCUUUACCUCAGGUCUUAAACCCUUGCACCACACUACAGAUGUGUUUAUAGUUGUGGUCACGUCAUACUCAGCUUGGCUCUGCCUCUCCCAGGUAACUACCCUGCAGCGGUGGAGGACUUCCAGGACUGCCUGUCCCUGCAGCUGAAGCACCUGCCCCCCCACAGCCGCCUGCUGGCUGAGACUCACUACCAGCUGGGAAUGACUUACUGCUAUACAGGCCAGUACAGCCAGGCCAUCCAGCACUACAGCAGCUCUGUCAAGGUCAUUGAGGGCCGCCUGGGUAAGCUGGAUAAAUAUAAUGAAAUGUGCCUUAUAGCAGACUUACCUAUGCAUUUUAGUGUUUGAACCCACAACCUAGGUGUUGCUAGUGCAAUGUUACCAAUUUGGGGGGGGGGGGGGGGGGGCUCUGUUCUUAGAAACUGAUUGGCCCUUAUCGAAGCCCAUUCGGCCUAGCCCAGCUGAGUCGGUUAAAGGAGCCAAAAGCAUAUUUUACUGAUGGUUGCUGUUUGGAUUUCUUGUAGCUUAUCAGCAACAAUUUGGGCGAGAACAUUAACUUUUUGCACUUGAUUCAACGCUAUCUGCGCAGUCAUGCUACAGCACUAGCUAUGACCUGUCAACCUCUGACCUGUCACUUGCAAACCUUGUUUCUGUGUCUAGCCAUGCUCCAGGAGGUGAUCGACAAGGGUGAGGAUGGAGCUAAGGAGGAGAAGACUGAGCUGGAGGAGCUGAAGCUGCUGCUGCCUGACAUCGCUGAGAAGGUGGAGGACGCCAAGGAGAGUCAGAGGACUGCAGGAUCAGCUUCCGUGGCCAUACAACAUACCCUGGUGAGACUGCCUGUGGGAUACUGGCUAGGAUUGUGUUAGUCACCAAACAGGGAGGAAAUUGUCCAAUAAAUGCUCCUUUUAAUCUAAAAUGUUUUGAUACAAUGUGUCUUAAUGAAUAUUACUUGGUAUAGCAGCUCUAGUAAAUGUUUCAGACCACUGAACCGUCCAAGGUACAAGUCCAGUCCACUUUUCAACUGCUAAUUAGAAAGUUGAGCGUAUCCAGCUAGUUUCUGCAAUUGAUCUGUGGGUUUAUGCUCUUAAAUCUUCUGAUCUCUUCCAGUCCGGGGCCUCUACUUCGUCAGCAUUCCCAGCUUCCUCAUCGGCUUUAGCAGAAAACAGUGGACCAUCUUCGUCAGCAUUCGAAGCCAGUCAGGUCAUUUUGUCUCUUUGUGAAGUCCAUCUUAAAUGUUUCUUGCGCCUGGAAUGAAACCUUGUGCUAACUCAAACAAAUGACCCUAGAUGUCAGUAACUUUAGAAAGCAGGCUGAUGUUCAUGACCAAUUCCCUUAUCCUGUUUCAGAUCCCUGUCAGGUCAGCGGCUGACUGUGCAUCCUCCAAAUCUGCAUCAGACAUUUCCCACCUGGUCAGGAAAAAGGUGAGGCGCUCUUGCCUGACCUCUACCUCUGCUGCUUACUACUUAUCCCAGCCUGGCGUGGCAGGGAUGCUCAUGUUGCUCAUAUCCUGGUGUAUAGAUUAUGCUCUGCAGAUUACUGUGCUCUGGCAGCUUGUAGUAGACCGCUCCCAUGUCCAAUCAAUCCAUGCCCCCUUUCCUAGUAUGUUGCAUGAAUUUCUUGCUUGCUUAGUUCCGAGGGUGACCCCCCCCCCCCAAAUGGUUGAUUGCUUUGCUUUCAUUCCGAUCUCCUUUUUGAUUGAGCGUUAUGCCUGUGUAGGUUUUUUGAGUUGUGGUGCGGUGGCUUUGUUAUUGUGUGGCAACGUUAGUGCGGAUUACAGUAGAGGUGAGGUGAUGUUGAGAAGCUGACUUUGGUUUGUAUUCCUGAACAGAGGAAAAUGGAGGAGAGCCCCGUAAAGGACACUGAUGCUAAAAAGACCAAGCAGGAAACUACAGUUAAUGGCAGCGGCGACUCCGGCUCUGCCAGCAACGGCAAUGAAGUCCAGGAUAAAGGGGCACAGGAGGCGAGUUGAUAGGUUUAUAACUCAUUCUCAGUAGGGUUGGGUGCAGCAGAGGAAGUUGGUAUUGGUGGAAUCUUGUGGAAGGGGACCCCAACCUAGGCAGUGUCCUGUUUUCAUGUGAACAGACCAGCGUGCUAUGACGUGUUUGACCAAGACUCGUACGGGUUUCAUAAGUCCUCCAACUGCUUAAUCUCUACAGUAUUAAUGGACCCCUGACAGGGAUGGUAGGUUUAUCUGGAUUAAAGCGGCGUCCAGGCGUUUUACUUUCUGAUCUACUUCUGAUGUUCGCUUAUUAAAUGUAGUUUGUUUUUUCCUUUCCUAUAGCCUGCCAAGCCGUCCUCUGCGGAGUCUUCUGCGUGAUGUCAAUUCCUCGUGACUUCCUGAUCGUCCAGCCUAUCCCCCUAACACUUGUUUCUGUAAAUAUGACAAUUUUCUCACUUGCCCAAGUUUUGUAUACUUGUAGUAAUAAAAGUUAAAAUGUGCAUAUCUGAAUUGCUUGUCUUCAGAGUUAAUACUGCUUUAUUUUGGUUACAGUAU